CAUAAAUUUAUUUUAGUUAUCAUAUGAACGGGGAAAAGCUUUGUGUUCGUGUUUUACAAAAACGCAGCCUUGUCGAGUCCGUUCUUGGUUGAUAAAAAUGAAAUUUAGUGCAGUWUUUAAGCUAGUUAUUUGAAUUUUCAUCAUUAGCUACACACUGGAAAGCGGACAUUUUCUUAUUUUUUGAGACGACGUAUUUCUGCUUUUUUCUCCUCCCUCAUCUGGCCUUAAAUCCCAGCGGUUCUGGUUGAAUUAAAGUGAAAGCAUCUUCUGAGGAGACCCGACUGACAGCGCCAAAAUGGGGUAUGGACGGUCGGACAGCUACCGCGUGGCCACCACGCAGGACAAGGAUGACAAGGAGUCACCCAAGAAGAAGGGAGGCAAGGAUCUGGAUGACUUGAAGAAAGAAGUGCCCAUCACGGAACACAAAAUGUCUGUUGAGGAAGUUUGCCGGAAAUACACCACUGAUAUCGUACAGGGUCUGACCAACGCCAGGGCAGCAGAGUACCUGGCCAGGGAUGGCCUGAAUGCCCUGACCCCGCCCCCUACYACCCCAGAGUGGGUCAAGUUCUGCCGUCAGCUGUUCGGUGGCUUCUCCAUCUUGCUGUGGAUCGGCGCCAUCCUCUGCUUCCUGGCCUACGCCAUCCAGGCUGCGACAGAGGACGAGCCAGCUGGAGAUAACUUAUAUCUGGGCAUCGUGCUGUCAGCUGUCGUCAUCAUCACUGGCUGCUUCUCCUACUUUCAGGAAGCUAAGAGCUCCAAGAUCAUGGAAUCCUUCAAGAACAUGGUUCCACAGCAAGCCCUGGUGAUCCGAGAGGGAGAGAAGAUGCAGAUCAACGCUGAGCAGGUGGUGGCAGGAGACCUGGUGGAGGUGAAAGGAGGAGACAGGAUCCCAGCUGACCUCCGUAUCAUCUCCUCCCACGGCUGCAAGGUGGACAACUCAUCCCUGACUGGCGAAUCAGAACCCCAGACCAGGUCCCCUGACUGCACCCACGAGAACCCCCUGGAAACUCGCAACAUCGCCUUCUUCUCCACCAACUGUGUGGAGGGAACUGCUCGUGGUAUCGUCGUGUGCACCGGGGAUCGAACGGUGAUGGGUCGUAUCGCCACGCUCACCUCAGGCCUGGAGACCGGCAAGACUCCCAUUGCUAAAGAGAUCGAGCACUUCAUCCACAUCAUCACAGGCGUAGCUGUGUUCCUCGGUGUGACCUUCUUCGUCCUCUCCCUCAUCCUGGGCUACUCGUGGCUGGAGGCCGUCAUCUUCCUCAUCGGCAUCAUCGUGGCCAACGUGCCUGAAGGACUUCUGGCCACGGUUACUGUGUGUCUGACGCUGACGGCCAAGCGGAUGGCUCGUAAGAACUGCCUGGUGAAGAACCUGGAGGCCGUGGAAACUUUGGGCUCCACCUCCACCAUCUGCUCCGACAAGACGGGCACCCUGACCCAGAACAGGAUGACCGUGGCCCACAUGUGGUUCGACAAUCAGAUCCAUGAAGCCGACACCACCGAGGACCAGUCUGGUUCUUCCUUCGACAAGAGUUCAACAACGUGGGUGUCUCUGGCUCGCAUCGCCGCGCUCUGUAACCGCGCCGUCUUCAAGGCCGGCCAGGAAUCGUUGCCCAUCCUGAAGCGCGAGGUCGCCGGCGACGCCUCCGAGUCGGCUCUGCUCAAGUGCAUCGAGUUGUCCUGCGGCGCCGUCAAAGCCGUCAGGGACAAGAACAAGAAGGUGGCCGAGAUCCCCUUCAACUCCACCAACAAGUACCAGCUCUCAAUUCACGAAACGGAGGAGGAAAACGACAACCGCUACCUGCUGGUGAUGAAGGGCGCCCCUGAGAGGAUCCUGGACCGCUGCACCACCAUCAUGAUGCAGGGCAAAGAGCAGCCCAUGGAYGAUGAGAUGAAGGAGGCUUUCCAGAACGCCUACCUGGAGCUGGGAGGGCUGGGAGAGAGAGUUCUGGGCCAAAGCUUGUGUGAUCCACGGUACCGACCUGAAAGACCUGACUCAGGARCAGAUGGACGAUAUCCUGAAGAACCACACGGAGAUCGUCUUUGCCAGAACCUCCCCUCAGCAGAAGCUCAUCAUUGUGGAAGGCUGCCAGCGACAGGGAGCCAUCGUGGCCGUGACGGGAGACGGUGURAACGAUUCUCCUGCCCUGAAGAAGGCAGACAUCGGUGUGGCCAUGGGCAUCUCUGGCUCUGAUGUUUCCAAACAAGCUGCAGACAUGAUCCUGCUCGAUGACAACUUUGCCUCCAUUGUUACUGGAGUAGAAGAAGGGCGUCUGAUCUUUGACAACCUGAAGAAAUCCAUCGCUUACACCCUGACCAGCAACAUCCCAGAGAUCACCCCCUUCCUGUUCUUCAUCCUGGUCAACAUCCCCCUGCCUCUGGGCACCAUCACCAUCCUCUGCAUCGACCUGGGAACUGACAUGGUUCCAGCCAUUUCUCUUGCCUACGAAGCAGCAGAGAGCGACAUCAUGAAGCGGCAGCCGAGGAACCCGAUGAGGGACAAGCUGGUCAACGAGAGACUCAUCAGCAUCGCCUACGGACAGAUCGGGAUGAUCCAAGCCCUCGGUGGCUUCUUUGCUUAUUUUGUCAUCAUGGCUGAAAACGGUUUCCURCCGGCGUUCCUGGUCGGGAUCCGGCUGAACUGGGACGACCGCUCCAACAACGACCUGGAGGACAGCUACGGGCAGCAAUGGACCUACGAGCAGAGGAAGAUCGUGGAGUUCACGUGUCACACGGCGUUCUUCGUCAGCAUCGUGGUGGUGCAGUGGGCCGACGUCAUCAUCUGUAAGACCAGACGUAACUCUGUGUUCCAGCAGGGCAUGAGGAAUAAGAUUUUGAUCUUCGGCCUGUUUGAGGAAACGGCUCUGGCUGCGUUUCUGUCCUACUGCCCCGGGAUGGACGUGGCUCUACGGAUGUACCCACUCAAGCCCAGCUGGUGGUUCUGUGCGUUCCCGUACAGCUUCCUCAUCUUUGUUUACGACGAGAUACGAAAACUCAUCCUUCGCCGAAACCCCGGAGGCUGGGUGGAAAAAGAGACGUACUAUUAAAUUAUCAAAACAUCAUUUACUGAACUCAUCCUCUCCUCUUCCUCCUCCUCCUYCUCCUCCUCUCCAUCCGUCUCUCAGAAAACUGUUUACUUCCUCCUCACCCAUCUUCAUCUCCUAAAAGAUUCAAAUAAAAAAAAAACAAAGAUGACGAGGGGACCAACAUGAGAGGGGACGGUUGGGGGCGGAGUCAAACCCUCCCCCCGCCGUCCUCUCAGUCUUUACAGCACGACUCUGCCAGUAACAGUUUGUGCCGAUGAUUGUUGUUAUUAUUAUUAUGUCACAGUAAAUCUAGAAGAAAGAAUAAAAACGUGACUGUUUGGCUGCAGAGCCACAACGCGGCAGUUCCCGUCAGAACCCGGGCCGGGCCGGGCCGAAGGGGGCCGCCGUGGUUCUGCUGCUUUAAAAAAACAAAA